CCACUUCCCUGAAGCAUGUCGCCUUGGGUAGGGCUUACAACUCUAAGGGCAGGAGCCCAGACACGUGAUGCUAAUGACGAUAGGAACAGCGGCCACCAUUGGCUAAUAGCUCACCACCUGCCGGGUGUGACACUGGAGAGCAGCGUCCUGUGCCAGGAGAAAGGCUUGAGCGUGCAGGACCUGGCCCAGGACGCUCAGAUCACCAGCCUGCCUGCCCGCAUCAGGGAGAUUGUCACCCGCAACCUCUCCCGGCCUGAGAGCCCAGUCCUGCUGCCGGCCACGGAGAUGGCAUCGCUGCUGUCGCUGCAGGAGGAGAACCAGCUGCUGCAGCAGGAGCUGUCCCGCGUGGAGGACCUGCUGGCCCAGAGCCGUGCCGAGCGCGAUGAGCUCGCCAUUAAGUACAACGCGGUCAGCGAGAGGCUGGAGCAGGCUCUGCGGCUGGAGUCUGGGGAGCUGGAGACGCAAGAGCCCGGGGGACUGGUACGGCAGAGCGUGGAGUUGAGGAGGCAGCUGCAGGAGGAGCAGGCCUCCUACCGGCGCAAGCUGCAGGCCUACCAGGAGGGCCAGCAGCGGCAGGCCCAGCUUGUGCAGCGGCUGCAGGGCAAGAUUCUCCAGUACAAGAAGAGGUGCUCAGAGCUGGAGCAGCAGCUGCUGGAGAGAUCUGGAGAGCUGGAGCAGCAGCGGCUGAGGGAUACAGAACACAGCCAAGACCUGGAGAGGGCGCUCAUCCGGCUGGAGGAGGAACAGCAGAGGAGUGCCAGCCUGGCUCAGGUGAAUGCCAUGCUCCGAGAACAGCUGGACCAGGCAGGCUCGGCCAACCAGGCUCUGAGUGAGGACAUACGAAAGGUGACCAGCGACUGGACACGCAGCCGCAAGGAGCUGGAGCAGCGGGAGGCGGCAUGGAGGCGCGAGGAGGAGUCCUUCAAUGCCUACUUCAGCAACGAGCACAGUCGCCUGCUCCUCCUCUGGAGGCAGGUGAUGGGGUUCCGGCGGCUGGUCAGCGAGGUGAAGAUGUUCACUGAGAGGGACCUGCUGCAGCUGGGAGGGGAGCUGGCCAGGACAUCACGAGCUGUCCAGGAGGCGGGCCUGGGACUGAGCACAGGCCUGCGGCUGGCAGAGAGCCGGGCCGAGGCAGCCCUGGAGAAGCAGGCCCUGCUGCAGGCCCAGCUGGAGGAGCAGCUGCGGGACAAGGUGCUCCGUGAGAAGGACCUGGCCCAGCAGCAGAUGCAAAGCGACCUGGACAAGGCUGACCUCAGUGCCAGAGUGACAGAGCUGGGCCUGGCAGUGGAGCAUCUUCAGAAGCAGAAUGUGGAGAAGGAUCAGGUCAACAAGGACCUCACUGAGAAGCUUGAGGCCCUGCAGCCCUGUAGCGUCAUCCUCAUGACACAGAUGGGGAAACUGAGGCCCAAGAGGGGAAAUGCUUGUCCAGUCUCAGAGCCAGAAUCCCUGCGGCUACAGGAGCAGGCGGCCCUGGAGACAGAGGACGGAGAGGGGCUACAGCAGACCCUAAGGGACCUGGCACAGGCCGUCUUGUCAGACGCUGAGAGCGGCGUCCAGCUGAGCGGCUCCGAGCGUACCGCGGAUGCGUCCCAGGGCAGCCUGCGGGGGCUCUCGGGCCAGCGGACCCCGUCCCCACCGCUGCGCUCUUCGCCCGGCCGAGGCCGUUCACCCCGCCGAGGCCCUUCCCCGGCCUGCUCAGACUCCUCCACGCUCGCCCUGAUCCACUCCGCCCUGCACAAGCGCCAGCUGCAGGUCCAGGACAUGCGUGGGCGCUAUGAGGCAAGCCAGGACCUGCUGGGCACCCUGCGGAAGCAGCUUAGCGACAGCGAGAGUGAGCGGCGGGCCCUAGAGGAACAGCUGCAGCGCCUGCGGGACAAGACCAACGGCGCCAUGCAGGCCCACGAGGACGCCCAGCGCGAGGUGCAGCGGCUGCGGAGCGCCAACGAGCUCCUGAGCAGGGAGAAGAGCAACCUGGCCCACAGCCUGCAGGUGGCCCAGCAGCAGGCCGAGGAGCUGCGGCAGGAGCGGGAGAAGCUGCAGGCUGCCCAGGAGGAGCUGCGGCGCCAGCGGGACCGGCUGGAGGAAGAGCAGGAGGACGCAGUGCAGGAUGGUGCGCGGGUGCGCCGGGAGCUUGAGCGCAGCCAUAGACAGCUAGAGCAGCUGGAAGGGAAGCGCUCAGUCCUGGCCAAGGAGCUGGUGGAGGUGAGGGAGGCGCUGAGCCGUGCCACGCUGCAACGGGACAUGCUGCAGGCCGAGAAGGCCGAGGUGGCUGAGGCACUGACCAAGGCCGAGGCUGGCCGCGUGGAGCUCGAGCUCUCCAUGACCAAGCUGAGGGCAGAGGAGGCCUCCCUGCAGGACUCCCUGUCCAAGCUGAGCGCCCUCAACGAGAGCCUUGCUCAGGACAAGUUGGAUCUGAACCGCCUUGUUGCCCAGCUGGAGGAAGAAAAGGCCGCCCUGCAGGGCCGGCAGCGGCAGGCGGAGCAGGAGGCCACAGUGGCGCGGGAAGAGCAGGAGCGGCUGGAGGAGCUGCGAUUGGAGCAGGAGGUGGCGCGGCAGGGCCUGGAGGGCUCCCUACGAGUGGCAGAGCAGGCCCAGGAGGCACUGGAGCAGCAGCUCCCCACGCUGCGCCAUGAGCGCAGCCGGCUACAGGAGCAGCUAGUGCAGCUCUCCCGGCAGCUGAGCGGGCGGGAGCAGGAGCUGGAGCAGGCCCGGCGGGAGGCCCAGCGGCAAGUGGAGGCGCUGGAGCGAGCGGCCCGGGAGAAGGAGGCGCUAGCCAAGGAGCGCGCUGGCCUGGCUGUGCAGCUGGCAGCUGCGGAGCGUGAAGGCAGGACCCUGUCAGAGGAGGCCACACGCCUGCGCUUGGAGAAGGAAGCCCUGGAGGGCAGCCUGUUUGAGGUGCAACGGCAGCUGGCCCAGCUUGAGGCCCGCCGGGAGCAGCUGGAAGCCGAGGGGCAGGCCCUGCUGCUGGCCAAGGAGACCCUGACUGGGGAGUUGGCGGGCCUGCGGCAGCAAAUAAUAGCUACACAGGACAAAGCCAGUCUAGACAAGGAGCUGAUGGCCCAGAAGCUGGUGCAGGCUGAGCGAGAGGCCCAGGCCUCUCUGCGGGAGCAGCGGGCAGCCCACGAGGAGGACUUGCAGCGACUCCAGCGCGAAAAGGAGGCAGCAUGGCGGGAGCUGGAGGCCGAGCGGGCCCAGCUGCAGAGUCAGCUCCAGCGUGAGCAGGAGGAGCUGCUGGCCCGGCUGGAGGCUGAGAAGGAAGAGCUGAGUGAGGAGAUUGCUGCCCUGCAGCAGGAGCGCGACGAGGGCCUCCUCCUGGCCGAGAGUGAGAAGCAGCAGGCCUUGUCUCUGAAGGAGUCUGAGAAGACGGCGCUGUCGGAGAAGUUGAUGGGUACACGGCACAGCCUGGCCACCAUCUCCCUGGAGAUGGAGCGGCAGAAACGAGAUGCCCAGAGCCGGCAGGAGCAGGACCAGAGCACCGUGAACGCUCUGACCUCUGAGCUGCGGGACCUACGGGCCCAGCUGGAGGAGGCAGCUGCGGCCCACGCCCAGGAGGUGAGGAGGCUGCAAGAGCAGGCCCGGGACCUGGGCAGGCAGCGGGACUGCUGUCUUCGCGAGGCAGAAGAGCUUCGGACCCAGCUGCGUCUGCUGGAGGAUGCCCGUGACGGGCUGCGGCGGGAGCUGCUGGAGGCCCAGCGCAAGCUGCGUGAGAGCCAGGAGGGCCGGGAGGUGCAGCGCCAGGAGGCAGGCGAGCUGCGGCGCAGCCUGGGCGAGGGCGCCAAGGAGCGCGAGGCCCUGCGGCGCUCCAACGAGGAGCUUCGGGCCGCUGUGAAGAAGGCAGAGAGCGAGCGCAUCAGCCUGAAGCUUGCCAAUGAGGACAAGGAGCAGAAGCUGGCACUCCUAGAGGAGGCACGGACAGCCGUGGGCAAGGAGGCCGGGGAGCUGCGAACUGGGCUGCAGGAGGUGGAGCGCUCACGGCUGGAAGCUCGGCGGGAGCUGCAGGAGCUCCGGCGUCAGAUGAAGAUGCUGGACAGUGAGAACACCAGACUGGGCCGGGAGCUGGCGGAGCUGCAGGGCCGCCUGGCGCUGGGCGAGCGGGCAGAGAAGGAGAGCCGGCGGGAAACCCUGGGCCUGCGGCAGAGGCUGUUGAAGGGCGAGGCCAGCCUGGAGGUGAUGCGGCAGGAGCUCCAGGUAGCCCAGCGAAAGCUGCAGGAACAAGAAGGCGAGUUCCGGACCCGCGAGCGACGCCUGCUGGGCUCCCUGGAGGAGGCGCGUGGCACUGAAAAGCAGCAGCUGGACCACGCCCACGGCCUGGAGCUGAAGCUGGAGGCGGCACGGGCCGAGGCUGCAGAGCUGGGCCUGCGGCUGAGCGCAGCCGAGGGCCGGGCACAAGGCCUGGAGGCCGAGCUGGCCCGCGUGGAGGUGCAGCGGCGCGCGGCGGAGGCCCAGCUGGGUGGCUUGCGCUCGGCUCUGCGCCGGGGCCUCGGCCUGGGUCGCGCGCCCAGCCCAGCCCCGCGGCCAGUGCCCGGCUCCCCUGCCCGGGAUGCACCCGCAGGAGGAAGUGGGGAAGGGCUCAGCAGCCCCAGCACCUUAGAAUGCAGCCCUGGGUCUCAGCCACCAUCUCCAGGACCUGCCACCUCCCCGGCCUCUCCAGACCUGGACCCAGAGGCAGUGCGCGGGGCCCUCCGGGAAUUCCUGCAGGAGCUGCGGAGUGCCCAGAGAGAACGGGAUGAACUUCGGACCCAGACCAGUGCCCUGAAUCGCCAGCUGGCCGAGAUGGAGGCUGAGAGGGACAGCGCAACCUCGAGGGCCAGGCAGCUGCAGAAGGCGGUGGCUGAGAGUGAGGAAGCCCGGCGCAGUGUGGAUGGGCGGCUGAGCGGGGUCCAGGCGGAGCUAGCGCUGCAGGAGGAGAGUGUGCGGCGCAGUGAGCGGGAACGCCGGGCCACGCUGGACCAGGUGGCCACACUGGAGAGGAGCCUGCAGGCCACCGAGAGCGAGCUCCGGGCCAGCCAGGAGAAGAUCAGCAAGAUGAAGGCCAAUGAGACAAAGCUGGAGGGCGACAAGCGGCGCCUGAAGGAGGUCCUGGACGCCUCCGAGAGCCGCACUGUCAAGCUGGAGCUGCAGCGGCGCUCACUUGAGGGGGAGCUGCAGCGCAGCCGCCUAGGCCUGAGUGACCGUGAGGCCCAAGCGCAGGCCCUCCAGGAUCGGGUGGAUUCCCUGCAGAGACAGGUGGCCGACAGCGAGGUGAAGGCAGGGACCCUGCAGCUGACUGUGGAGCGGCUGAAUGGGGCCCUGGCCAAGGUGGAGGAAAGCGAGGGGGCCUUGCGGGACAAGGUGCGGGGCCUGACAGAGGCCCUGGCCCAGAGCAGCGCCAGCCUCAACAGCACCCAGGACAAGAACCUGCAUCUACAGAAGGCUCUGACCGCCUGUGAACAUGACCGCCAAGUACUCCAGGAACGGCUGGAUGCUGCCCGGCAGGCGUUAUCUGAGGCACGGAAGCAGAGCAGCUCCCUGGGCGAGCAGGUGCAGACGUUGCGAGGCGAGGUGGCUGACCUGGAGCUGCAGCGGGUGGAGGCCGAGGGCCAGCUACAACAGCUACGGGAGGUGCUGCGGCAGCGGCAGGAGGGUGAGGCUGCAGCCCUACACACAGUCCAGAAGCUGCAAGAUGAGCGGCGGCUGCUGCAGGAGCGCCUGGGCAGCCUGCAGCGCGCCCUGGCUCAGCUGGAAGCCGAGAAGCGGGAGGUGGAGCGCUCAGCCCUGCGGCUGGAGAAGGACCGUGUAGCCCUCAGGAGGAUGCUGGACAAGGUGGAGCGGGAGAAGCUUCGUAGCCAUGAGGACACAGUGCGGCUGAGCGCAGAGAAGGGCCGCCUGGACCGCACCCUCACGGGGGCUGAGCUGGAGCUGGCAGAGGCGCAGAGGCAGAUCCAGCAGCUGGAGGCGCAGGUGGUGGUGCUGGAGCAGAGCCACAGCCCAGCCCAGCUGGAAGUGGACGCACAGCAGCAGCAGCUGGAGCUGCAGCAGGAGGUGGAACGGCUGCGCAGCGCCCAGGCGCAGACUGAGCGCACCCUGGAGGCUCGGGAGCGGGCCCACCGCCAGAGGGUGCGUGGGCUGGAGGAGCAGGUGUCCACACUGAAGGGACAGCUGCAGCAGGAGCUUCGAAGGAGCUCAGCACCCUUCUCCCAACCCUCCAGCCCCCCAGAGAAAUGAGCCCCUGCUGGCAUCUGGAGAACACCCUGUGCCUGGGACAGGGGAGGGCCCUCCUUUUGGACAGCUCCCCCCGGAGCCCGGUCCCUUGGGGGCCUCAAGCUGGGGUGGGAUGAGGAGGCGCUCUGCUGGCAGUGCUGAGGACGGGUACUCCAGCUGCAGGCCUGGAGAGGCUUCCUGGCAUCGCCUGCAGUCCAGCCCCCCUCUUCUAGGAUGAGCCACUGUAGAUCAUUAAAGUUCCUCCUUGAGAGGCUGAGCCAUAGCCAGGGUUGGGGAGAGCCCUUGUCUCUGGUCAGCCCUGAAAAAUGGGAUCGUGGGAAAGAGGAGGGGGACCAGGCCCUGACUUCGGCUUCCCAGAGGUCUCUCCGCCUUAGUUAAGAGUGUGUGUCAGGAAAUUCCUCAGAGUGCUCAGAGUCCCUGUAUUUUUAUACCUUUUUACAAUGUUAACUGUUCAGAACUGUUUUUUUGUAACAAGACCUUGUUUUUUAAAAA